UGCUCACUUCUUCUUCUUCCUACUCCUCCUCCUGCUCCGAUCAAUCCACACUUGUUCUAGCUAUUGCUCCAAUCCCGGCAAUGCCGUGAGAUGUCUCUGAAAGAGUGCAAGUGAUUGGCUGAUCUGUUUAACCACUGACACGAUCGAUCUCCAGCUCAUUUUCUCUCUUUAGCUUAGCUUUGGUUUUUGCACGAUGACGAACAGCAACAAUGGCAAUGCCGGCACGAACGCGGCGGCGAGUGGCUGGCUGGGCUUCUCGCUGUCGCCUCACAUGGCCUCCUCCAUGGACGAACACCACCACGUGCACCAGCAGCAGCAGCAGCAACACCAUGGUCUCUUCUUCCCUUCGGUGACCACCGCCGCCGCCGCGUACGGCCUCGGCGGCGACGUGGUGGCCGCCACCAAUGGGUACUACUCCCAGCUCGCCUCCAUGCCGCUCAAGUCCGACGGCUCGCUCUGCAUCAUGGAGGCUCUCCGGAGAACCGAUCAAGAUCAUCACGGGCCCAAGCUGGAGGACUUCCUCGGCGCGGCGCAGCCGGCGAUGGCGCUGAGCCUGGACAACACCUCCAGCUUCUACUACGGCGGCGGCGGCGGGCACGGCCACCACGGCUACCUCCAGGCGUGCGACCUGUACGGCGGGCCGGCGGCGCCGUCGCUCGCCUCGGCCGACGACGAGGCAGCCGCCGCCGCCGCGGCCAUGGCGAGCUGGGUGGCCGCCCGCAGCGCCACCGCGUACGCCACGGCCGCCGACGCGACCGCCACCACCGACACCACCACCACCAACGGCGCCAUCCUCCCCUCCUCCGCCGCCGCCGCCGGGCACCUGCACCCGCUGGCCCUGUCCAUGAGCUCCGGCUCCCUCUCCAGCUGCGUCACCGCCGGCGACUACGGCAUGGCGUCCGCCGACGGCGGCCGCAAGCGCGGCGGCGGCGGCGGCGGGCAGAAGCAGCCGGUGCAUCACCGCAAGUCCAUCGACACGUUCGGGCAGCGAACGUCGCAGUACAGAGGCGUGACCAGCAGGCAUAGGUGGACUGGUCGCUAUGAGGCUCAUCUCUGGGACAACAGCUGCAAGAAGGAAGGCCAAACCAGGAAAGGGAGGCAAGUUUAUCUCGGUGGGUAUGACAUGGAGGAGAAAGCGGCGAGAGCGUAUGACCUGGCGGCGCUCAAGUAUUGGGGCCCUUCCACACACAUCAACUUCCCGCUGGAGGACUACCAGGAGGAGCUGGAGGAGAUGAAGAACAUGACAAGGCAGGAGUAUGUGGCUCACUUGAGGAGGAAGAGCAGCGGUUUCUCACGGGGAGCUUCCAUGUACAGGGGAGUCACAAGGCAUCAUCAGCACGGAAGGUGGCAGGCUCGCAUCGGCCGUGUCUCCGGCAACAAGGACCUCUACCUCGGCACUUUCAGCACGCAGGAGGAGGCGGCGGAGGCGUACGACGUGGCCGCCAUCAAGUUCCGCGGCCUCAACGCCGUCACCAACUUCGACAUCACCCGCUACGACGUCGACAAGAUCAUGGCCAGCAACACCCUCCUCCCGGGCGACCUCGCCCGCCGCAAGAAGGACGCCGACGACUCCGCCGCCGUCGUCCUGCAGGUGCAGCAGCAUGCCGACGCGGCUGCUGCUGACAGCGUCUGGAAGGCCACCGGAGGCGCCGCCGCCGCCGCCGCAGCGACGAGGCAGCACCAGCAUGACGCGGUGGUGGCGGCCGAGCACCACCAUCACCACCACCACGACGUCGUGCUGUCCGGCGCCGAGGCCUUCUCCGUGCUGCACGACCUCGUGGCCGUCGACGCCGCCGCCCACCACGAGGGAGCCGCCGCCGCUGCGCACAUGCCCAUGUCCAUGUCGGCCGCGUCGUCGCUGGUGACGAGCCUCAGCAACUCGCGCGAGGGGAGUCCCGACCGCGGCGGCGGCUUGUCGAUGCUCUUCGCCAAGCCAUCGUCGGCGGCGGCGUCGCAGGCGUCCAAGCUGAUGGCACCGCUCCCCCUCGGCUCCUGGGUGUCGUCGCCGCCGGCGUCCGCCAGGCCGGCCGCCGUGUCCAUCGCCCACAUGCCACUGUUCGCCGCCUGGACCGACGCCUAAUCCAUUCGCCGUCCGUCACUUAGUACGUAGAUCGACCUAGCUAGCUAAGAUAGGCAGCGAUGACACUUGUACUGGUUGGUUAAUUUAGGGUUCUUGGUUGGUCGGCGACGUGAUUAGCUAGCAAUGUAGUAGCAGCAGCAGCAGCAGCUAGCUAGCUUAGUGGGAGUAUUAAUUAUCACUCAAGGCGAGGAUUACCAACGCACACGCCAUGGCCGGCCUCUCCCCCUUUCCUUCUUCUCCGGCGACGGUCGUCGGCAUCGAUCGAGCUCGAUCGGCGCCGGAGAAGAAGGGGUUUUGUAACACGGAGGCCGGCCGGAGGGAUAUCGAGGCGUUGCAUUCUCCUCCAAAAUCCAAAACUAAAUCUUGUAUUAAUUAUAGCCUCACGAAAUUA